CAAGCACUCCACUUAACCUAGAAUUCUCGAGCUGAGCAUCAUAGGGCUCCUUUUUCAAAUUUCACAAAUUGGCCUGUUUUCCCUCGUCGACUAUGUGAUUUUGUCCGUUUGAAUUGCCUGAUCCCGCCAUGGCAGGCUUCUUCACCAUUCUCGCUGCCGAGCCUGAUGCACUGCUCACCAUCCGCGAAGCUUUGUCCGGCAUCUUUGGCUCAAUCUCCCUUGCCUGCUGGAUUUUCCUCCUCGUUCCUCAAUUAAUCGAGAACUACCGCAACGGCUCGGCCGAAGCAAUCAGCCUCGCAUUCAUUUUCGUCUGGUUCAUUGGCGACAUAUGCAACCUUGCGGGUGCGCUGUGGGCCGGCCUGGUCCCGGUGGUAGUCGCGAUAGGCGUAUACUUCUGCAUCGCCGACGGCGUGCUGAUCGGACAGUGCUUAUACUACGGUAUCAGGAACAAGAGGCGGGAAGGACGAGCGUUACUGGAAGCACGUGCUUCAUUGUCCGCAGCGGAGCCGCGAGAAGAUGAACCGCUCCUGCGCCGCGAGAGGACGAACAGUCUUACGAUCCCUGGGUCUGCGGAGCGAAGGAGGCGAAGCAGUGCGAGCAUGAGACGACGGGCAAGCAGUGUCGCGCAGAAUGAUCAUCUGGCGAAGAUACUUGAAGAGAGCGACGAGUCGGGCACCAGGCUGUGGUUCAAGAACGUCAUGAGCGUGCUGGCGAUCAUGGUUGUCGGCGCCGCGGGCUGGGCUUUGGCUUAUGAGUCUGGUGCGUGGAGACCGAGUGAUACGUCGAGGGACACGGAGGAGGAGAAGAUGGCUGCUGGUGCGCAGAUCCUGGGGUAUGCGAGUGCCGUGGCGUAUCUGGGCGCGAGGAUACCGCAGAUCAUCAAGAAUGCGAGGGAGAAGAGCUGCGAAGGACUCUCGCUGCUGUUCUUCAUUCUCUCGCUUAUGGGCAAUCUCACCUAUGGCGCGGGCAUUCUCUGUCAUUCGACGCAGCAUGAGUAUGUGAUGAAGAAUCUGCCUUGGCUUAUUGGCAGUUUGGGCACAAUGGUCGAGGAUGUGACAAUUUUUGCGCAGUUUCAUAUGUAUGCGGUCAAGAGUGAUGUUGCUGGGGCGGAGGAAGCUGUGGUAUGAAGUAAUGCUUUCUAUUGUACCCGAGAUUGAUCUGCCUGGUCGUGACGGACUGUACCUGGACGGCGGGUUGCACAAAAUUCUUUCUGGAUCUGGAACAGCACGAGUACACAGCAUCAUGUGCGAGAUUGCGGGAUACACCGACUACGGAAGGGAAUUUGCGAGUCAUCUGAGUAAGACUGCAUACACUUUCUGUCGCUUUUUCGAGCCAUUCCAUCUUAGUGCCCACUAUAAAGGUGCGAAUAUGGUCUAGCUGUGAGCAAGUGACCGUCUGCUUAUGAAGGGUCUGCAUUGCUCGUAAUCAAAGUAUUUUCUCCGGUGCAUGUGUGGUAGACUGCCCAAGGGAUUGCGAGUUGAUCCUAGAGCCGCUGACUGACAGUGACUGCCAUCCUGCCAUAUCAUUUUGGGAGGAAGUCGUACAGGGUUGCAUUGCGAGUGUUGCUAUCAGUGUCACAUGUGCAAUCGAUUGAAGUACAGAUCUUUGUCGAG